CGGUAUGGAUCACAGAAACCAAGUCUUCCACAUGAAGAAGUCUUCUCGCUGGAAAUACUCGAGGUGGACGCUUCCAGAACAUUGGAAAUCCGGACUGACUGCCCCGCAGGUGCUACCGUGAGAGAGAACAAAAUGGCAAGAGGCAAUCAGACCACAGUGACAGAAUUUGUCCUUAUGGGAUUCACAGACCGUCCAGAGCUCCAGCUUCCCCUCUUUGUGGUGUUUCUGGUAAUUUAUCUCAUCACCUUGGUAGGAAACCUUGGCAUGAUCCUGCUCAUCAAGGUGGAUUUGAAGCUUCACACCCCCAUGUACUAUUUCCUCAGCCACCUGGCAUUCAUCGAUGUUUGUUAUUCAUCUUCCAUUGGGCCCAAGAUGCUGCAAAAUUUAUUGGUGAAGGAAAAAACCAUCUCCUUUUUAGGCUGCUUUGCCCAGCUGUACUUCACCAGUGCUUUUGCCACCACCGAAUGCUUCCUCUUGGCCACAAUGGCCUAUGACCGCUACUUGGCUAUCUGCAACCCCCUGAUCUACGCAGCCAUUAUGACUCAGCGGGUCUGCAAGGAGUUGGUGAUAGGGGUCUACACCUACGGCUUCCUAAACUCUGUAAUACAAACAGUUCUGACGUUCCAGUUGUCCUUCUGCGACUCCAACAUCAUUCACCACUUCUACUGUGCUGACCCCCCUCUCCUUGCCCUCUCCUGCUCUGACACUGGCAACAAAGAAAAGCAGCUCUUGAUCUUCUCAGCAGUGAAUCUCACUGGAUCCCUCCUGACGGUCCUCAUCUCCUACAUGUGCAUCCUCUUUUCCAUUCUAAAAAUCCAGUCUUCCGAAGGCAAGUGCAAAGCCAUUUCCACCUGUGCCUCCCACCUCACCGUGGUCGUCAUCUUCUAUGGGACGCUGUUUUUCAUGUACCUGCAGCUACCUAAAGCAGGGGAUUCGUGGAAGUACAACAAAGUGGUCUCUGUGUUUUAUAGUCUUGUAAUUCCCCUGCUCAACCCCUUGAUCUAUACCCUGAGGAACAUGGAAGUAAAGGACACCCUGAAAAAGAUGCUAGAGGGCAAAGAGCCAUAG